GACCAUUAUCAUCAUUGGAUGCAACAGAGAUUUCGAAAAGGGAGUGAAAGCGACAGAUCUUUUUAAAAUUCUGGGUUUUUGUUUUUCUGAUAGUAAGUUGAGAUGGGAUCAUCUUCAGGGCAAAGUAGUGGAAGCUGUGAUCUUUCGUUCAAGAUAUUGUUGAUCGGAGACUCUGGUGUCGGCAAGAGUAGCUUGCUUGUCAGGUUCUUUUCAACUUCUGCUGAAGAUCUAGCUCCCACCAUUGGUGUGGAUUUUAAGAUCAAGUUGUUAACAGUUGGUGGGAAGAGAUUAAAGCUUACUAUUUGGGAUACUGCUGGACAGGAAAGGUUCAGAACCUUAACAAGCUCUUACUAUAGGGGUGCCCAAGGGAUCAUUCUUGUCUACGAUGUAACACGGAGAGAAACGUUCACAAAUUUGUCGGAUGUUUGGGCCAAAGAAGUGGGGCUUUACUCUACCAAUCAGGACUGUGUCAAAAUGCUUGUUGGAAACAAAGUUGAUAGAGAUUCUGAAAGGGCUGUAAGUAGAGAAGAAGGCGUUGCGUUUGCAGAAGAGCUCAGAUCUAUGUUCCUUGAAUGCAGCGCUAGAACAAGAGAAAACGUGGAGCAAUGCUUUGAGGAGCUUGCAUUGAAGAUAAUGACAGUUCCAAGUCUUUUGGAAGAAGGGUCUUCUGUAGGAAAGAGAAGCAUGUUAAAGCAGAAGCCAGAGUACCAGACUUCUCCGGGCGGUGGUUGUUGCUCCUAAGUUGCAGCAAUAUUCGACUCGUUUUGACAUGAUGGGAUGGCUUAUGUUAUCAAUAGAAAGCUUAGGCAUCCAUGUUUGUUGGCGGCUUUAAGCUUCCGGAUAGACGGAUUGUGGACAACUCGUGUAUAUGCUUUCUUUGGAUUGUCUAUGCUUCUGUUCUUUGCAAGGGAGUGUCCAUAGUUUUAUUGUGUAUCCUCUCCACUCAAAUUAACUUUUGCAAAUUCGUUUGCCUUUUCGGUUUUGUGUUGAUUAAGGUUUUAGUUUGUUAUUCAUGAAAUUGUCUUUGGAUUUUGUCUUCUAUUGAUUAAUUGAGUAUAUAUUGUUGAGACUAUUACUUACAA